GCGGAGAGAUCCCCUCCCGCCUGUGCCUGUAAACCGCGUUCGCUCUCGGACCUGAAGUCACUGUCACAGAGACGCCGCGGAGGACGCUGCGCACACGGAUUCUGCUCCCACGAAAGGAUUUUACAUUGUUUUCUAUUCGAGCGAGGCUUUCCUUUCACUCGUGGCUUACUCUUCUACACCUUACACAUGCAUUUCUUCGCCAUUUUCACGAGAAUUGGGUCAUGAUCACAUCGCCCACGGUCUCUGUUCUGAGAAAUAGCAGUAACCCAGCGUGGGAGAGCGGCUCAUCGGCGGAGAGGGGAGCCCUGAAGAGCAGCCAGCCGUCCGGACACCACUCCGUCUCUCCCGCAGAUCCUUCCCGCCAAGCCAGCCGACUCCCGAUCAAGGUUUUGAAAAUGCUCACGGCUCGAGCAGGACACAUUUUGCACCCGGAGUACCUCCAGCCUUUACCGUCCACCCCCGUCAGUCCCAUCGAGCUGGAUGCCAAGAAAAGUCCGCUGGCUCUUCUGGCACAAACGUGCUCUCAGAUCGGAAAGCCGGACCCGCCGUCAUCUUCCAAACUCUCCUCGCUCGCCUCCACGGGAUCUAGCGACAAGGAGAGCAAAUCGGCUCCCCUCAAAAUGAGUGACAUCGGAGCCGAGGACAAGUCCAGCUUCAAGCCUUACUCCAAGUCCGGCGAGAAGAAGGACUCGAGUGGAGAUAAAAACAGUUUCCGAGUGCCUAGCGCCACCUGUCAGCCGUUCACGCCCAGGACAGGCAGCCCCAGCUCCUGCACCUCCGUGUCCCCGCUGCCGUCUGAAAGCAAAGCGGGUGACAAGGAGGACAGGAAGGAGACGGAGGGCAAUAAAAGCGUCUCUUCGGACUCCAUCAGCCAUCGGAUCAGUGGGAUUACGUCUGACAGCAGUCAGCACCAGGAGAGCACGUCUGGAUCAAAGACCGGCACCUCGGACUCUUCAGUUACUUCUUCGUCUUCCUCCGUCAUCGGCUCGGGGCUGGUGGCCCCGGUGUCUCCCUACAAACCGGGACACACAGUUUUUCCUUUGCCACCUGCUGGUCUCUCGUACCCUGGGAGUUUGGCGGGGGCCUACGCCAGUUACCCGCAGCCGUUCCUCCCUCCCGGAAUGAGCCUUGAUCCCACCAAACCCGGCAGCCAGCUCCUGAGCGCACAGUUCGCCGCUGCCAAUUCGCUGGCCUGCAGCAAAGCGGGUUCGAGUCCCCUGGCCGGAGCGUCGCCGCCCUCCCUCAUGUCCGCCAGUCUGUGUCGGGACCCCUACUGCCUCAGCUAUCACUGCACAAGCCAUCUGUCCGGCGCGUCCGGCGCCAACUGCGGCCACGACUCCGCGGGCGCCUCGGCGCUGAAACCCGGAUACCCCCUCAUGUACCCCGCGCACCCCCUGCAUGGAGUCCACUCCUCACCCUCCUUCACCGGUCACCCUCUGUAUCCAUACGGGUUUGUGCUGCCCAACGAUCCCCUGCCGCACGUCUGUAACUGGGUUUCUGCAAACGGACCUUGCGACAAGCGCUUCUCGUCCUCGGACGAGCUUCUCAGCCAUUUGCGGACUCACACGGCGUUUGCGGGCGCGGAGAAGCUGAUCUCGGGGUACCCCGGGUCAUCCUCGCUGGCUGCGGCCAUGGCAUGUCACAUGCAUUUACCUCCGAACGGCAGCCCCGGCAGCCCCAGCACGCUGGCCCUCAGGGGCCCGCAUCACCCCCUCGGACUCACUAGUCGCUAUCACCCGUAUUCCAAAAGCCCACUGCCCACUCCAGGAGCCCCGGUACCCGUGCCCGCGGCCACCGGACCCUAUUACUCCCCCUACGCCUUGUAUGGACAGAGACUGACCACAGCCUCGGCUUUAGGUUACCAGUAGAGACAGAGAAUUAUACCUUUAUUACGGAAAUUUAGAGCCGAUGGGUUUUAUAUUGUACCAGACUGGAUCCACGUGGGGAUCGGUGUAUUUAUUUGCGAUAGCUUCAAGCGUGACAAAAAUAAAAUUAUUAUUAUUAUAAAGUUCGACAGCGUCAAUGUGCAUUAUUUUUUUUAUCGCAAUAUAUGCCACUAUGAAUAAUUUAUUAAUGAAUAAACUGUCGUUUUGAGCAGCUCAAGAAUGAGUGUGGAUAAGAGAGGGGGUGUCUGCUCCGACUGUCACCGCGAUGGUCACAGGGGCUGAGUAAGACAUUGAUUUUUGAGUCUUGACAACACAGGGGUGCUGGGGGCCAAACAUUGAUCUGUUCAUUUAUAUAUGCCCCAAUUUAGCCCUAAAACACAAGUUGUCGUUUACUACAGUGCAGUAGGUGUUAAAUCAUGUCGCCGGUUCUGAGUAGAUUCACUACAGCUUUAUUUGUUUUACUUUAUUUAAAACAGAAAAGUGUUGCCGAAUAUGCUUUUCAUUGAUCAUCCUGUGAAUGAUUAUGUUUAAGUACAGAACUCUUAAGUUCAUUGACAUUCCAGUCCUAAAAGAUGAAUUAGUCACAUAAAUAUGAAUCAGUUAUAUUAGUCACAUGCACUUCUGAGGCUGAAGUGUUAACCUUACAAUACAGAACUAAAAUUUGCUCGCUUUGGAUCCGUGUCCUUUCAGAACACAUUCAACUUACGAUGUGAAUUUCUACUCUUAAUUAAUGGCUCAGCACUUAAAAUGUGUUCAUUAAGAAUCAUUUUAAACUGGAAAGAAUCUGAGUCAGAGUUUGGCACUUAAACAAUUAAA